CAUCAUUCAUCAUCCACCAUGGUCAGAUCAAAGGCAGACGCUGCUUCGGCGGUGGCUGCUGUCGGCCCGCUGUCUCAUCUCGCGCCUGUGGCAGCUGAAAUUGCAUCCGCUGCAUCUGCCUCCAGUUCCAGCCACGCCUCAGCACCAGCACCAGCACCAACAUCAACAUCAGCCUCAACCACGACGAGUGAGACUGGCAAGGCGGACGAGGGCGAGGCAGCAGAGGGCAAGGCGGACGAGCCAUCUGCUAAUACUUCGCCUUCUUCGCCUUCGCCAGCAGCAGCGAUUCAGGCGCCGCAGCCGCCGAUGCCGCCACGCAAGCCGCUCGUGGGACAUUUGGCGCUGCUUGCGUCUGGCCGCGGCGGGUGCGUGUGCGACGCGCUGCACCGCAUCCUCAUUGCCCACGGGAACAUUGUGAAAUUGGACAUCGUCGAGCGCAAGGCCAUUGUCAUUGGCUCUGCCUCUGCCAUCCAGCGCGUCUUCCUCACCCACACCGAGCUCUACCCAAAGGGCGCCACUCUCGACGAGCUCCGCGCGGUCGGCAUCGGCGGUAAGGGCAUCGUCGAAACCGAAGGUGCAAUCUGGGAACGGCAGCAUCGCCUCGUCCGUCCAGCCUUCCGCAGUUCCAUUAUCGCCAAGCUCGCAGAUUCCUUCCUGGACAUUGCGCAACGCGGAGCAAACCUGCUGAGCGAAGGGACUGAAUUCGAAGGCCUUGCGCUCUUCUCGCGCGUCGGAUUCACUGCCGUCGUCAACACGCUCUUCAACCAACCAACUCCUGUGCUGGACUCGCUCGACGGCAACGACACUGUCAUGAAAACUACGCACUAUGUCGGCGGCGAGCUCAUGAAGCGCAUGCAGCGAACUCGAUUCUGGCGCAAACUGCCCAUUCCCAGCAACUUUAAAGUGCGCCGACUCGUCAAUGAGAUGCGUGAACUCUACUCAAAGCAGAUCGAAAUCCAACGCAAGGAUCCGCUUGGUGCGCUCCUCUACGAGAUGUUGACCUACCGCGAUGAAAAUGGUCAGCCUCUGCCCGAAGACGAGAUUUUGGACACGUAUCAGAACAUUCUGGGCGCGGGUCACGAGUCGACGGGAAACACGCUUCACUGGGCCCUGUACAUUCUAUGCACGCAUCCGGAGAUUGCCGCCAAGCUUCAGGCGGACAUUCUCACGGCAUUCGACGAGAAGGGCCAGCUGAAUCUCGACAAGCUCCGCAACCUAAAGUACCUCGCUCUCUUCCUCAAGGAGCUGCUGCGUGUGUACACGCCCUUCCCCGUGCUGUUGCGCGAAGUCGCGCAAGACGACAUUCUGGACGGCUUCCGCGUCAAAAAGGGGUACUGGGUGUUUGUGCACACCAUGCGCAUGCACACGGAUCCGGCCGUCUGGGGCAAUGAUGCUCAUCUCUUUGUUCCAGAGCGGUUUAGCGACGAGCGCAUGGCCUCGAUCAACCCCAAUGCCUACUUGCCUUUCUCGGUGGGCCCGCGCGCUUGCCUCGGCCAUUACUUUUUCACCCUCGAGUUUAAAAUCGUCCUGGCCGUCUUCCUCCAGAGGUUUCACUUCUCUCUCCUCCCCAACCAAGAAGUGCUGCCCAUGCUCAAGUUUGCCCUGCUGUCCAAGAACGGCAUUUGGUUUAAGGCGCACGAAAACGAUCCAGCCGCUUCGGCCGCGGCACGUGCAGCAGCGGCUGCCGCCCAGGCAGCCAAGGCAGCAUCGGCGCCUGUUGAACGCUCGCCAGACACGCCAGUCUUGGCGACUACGACGUCGCUCUCCCUCCUGUUGAGCGACUCGCGCAACACUGUGAUGAAAUCCAUCGACGCCAAGAAAGCGCCAACAGCGGCCCACAACACCCCGCUCACGAUUGUGUACGCAUCGCAGAUGGGCACGUCCGAAACGUACGCACUUUGGCUGUCGCCUCUCGCCAAAGCGCAAGGCUACGAUGUCGAGAUCAUGUCUUUUGCCGAUCUCCCGCCCGUUUUGUCCAAGAAAUCGCUCAUUGUCUUUGUCUGCCCGUCGUACAACGGCUUCCCGUGCGAGAAGAUGAAGUCCUUCUAUGAAUACAUGCAGACCGUUGCAAGCAGCUCUGAGAAGCCCGAGUUUACAGGCUUGUUUGCUGGCUUUGGGUGCGGCAAUAAGCUGUGGAAGAACACCUUCCAGGCCAUUCCUCGCGCUGUGGACGCGUUUUUCGAGAGCAUUGGCGGAGAGCGUGUCUCGCCCCUGGGCGAAGGCGACGCAGACAAAGACUUGGAUCUUGACUUUGAAAAGUGGAGCGCGCUGCUCUGGCCUGCGCUUGCGCUGCGUUUGGACCUGAACUUGGCUGACGCUACUCAAGAGAGCGCACCCUCCCAGUCCACGUACGCUUUCGAAGUUUCCAACGCUGCACACCCAGCCGAUCAGAGCAACCCCGACUCUGUCCUGUUCACCGUUGCCGAGUCUCGCAACUUGUUCCAGGCAGCACCCGGUGUGCACGUCAACCGCGAUCGUCUUGUGUCGCACUUGGUGUUGACCACGGAUCGGCCGGUGCAAUACCAAGCUGGCGAUUACUUCUGCGUUACUCCGCCAAGCAACCCGGCGGUGGUCGAAGCCCUCUGCGCCCGUCUCGGCGUCUCUCCCUCGACGCUCCUCACCAUGAAGCCCCUGUUCAGCGGCGUAACAGCCGUGUACCAAGGUGCCAAGCCGCUAUCCACAGUCCUCUCGCGCUACUUUGACUGCACGUCCAAGCCGACCUGCAAGUUCUUCCGCUCCAUGGCUGCGCAUGCCACUGACGCCGACGAGAAGGCUGCACUUCAAAUUCUCGCGCUCCUCCUUCUGCCAGAGAAUGCGAGCCCCGUCGCUGCCACCUUGGCGCGUCGAAUGCCGAGCACGUAUCUUGAGGCGCUCCAACUCUUCCCUUCCGUCAAACCCUCGCUCCAGGACUUUAUGCAAAGUGUUGCGCUCACAACACCGCGCUACUAUUCGAUCGCAAGCGCAUUUGCUCCAAACAAGAUUGAACUCGGUGUUGGCGCUGUCCAGUACGUCGAGGCAGCCUCUGGAACCCUGGUUCACGGCUUGUCGUCCUCGUGGCUCUGCAGUCUGCCUGUUGGUUCCGUGAUUGAAGGAUCGAUCAAACAAGGCGAUUCCUCCUUCCGCAUGCCUUCGUCGCAUCGUGCUCCCAUGCUGCUCGUCGCAGCGGGCACUGGCAUCACCCCCAUGCGCAGCUUCCUGCUUCAACGCGAGCUGGAUGCGAAAGAUCAGCAAGACUCCGAUGCCCCAGAGCCCGCAAUGCUCUUCUUUGGUUGCAGGACGCUUGGCGAUGUCUACUUUGACGCCGACUUCCGUCGCCUCCAAGACCAAGGCGCGCUGGUUUUGCAUACGGCCAUCUCUCGUCCGUCUGCCGAUGACAAGAGCCCGAAGCAGCAUGUCCAGGAUAAAAUGGAGGCUGAGGCCGAAUCUGUGUGGCAGCUGCUGCAAAAGCCGAAUUCGCACAUGUACGUGUGUGGCAUGCCGGCCAUGGGCGCCGCGGUUCGAAACACGCUGGUCAAGAUUGCUUCAGAGCGGCUUGGAAGCGCUGAAGCUGGCAACGCAUUCGUGCAGGAACUGGAGCGGUCUGCGCGCUAUUGCCAAGAGGUGUGGGGAACCGACGCGAUGGCGUCGCCCUCCACGUAACCCUGUGACUGCUUUCUUCUGUGAUUCUUUGACGACAAGCUGUAUUGUACGAGUCUUUCAUCAAUGUAGAGAAUUCCCAUCUUGUGUUGGAACAAACUGUUUUGCUGUUGUUUUGGACUUUAUCACCGUUCACAUGGCUCUGCCUCAUAUUAUCAUCAUGCCAAUACAAUAAUUCUGUC